UAGGAAAACCUGUGUGGGACAGGGCCAGAUUUGAGGUUUCGAAGUUGUUUGUAAGGUGGGUGUUGGUGAUCUACUGACCCAUUCUGCGGGCCUAAUUGAUGGCCAUCACAGGCGCACCGGCAAGCUUUGCGCACGUUUCCACAUAGGCUAAUAAUACUAAGGCGCACAAACUGAUUUUGCGCAAACACUGAAGAUUGCUUUUGGAUAAUUUACAAGCGCGUCUUGGCAUGGAGCUACUGAUCACCGUUUAUUGAGUACCAGACCAGCAUCCACGUGUUCUUGCCUGAAGUCUCAAGAGAUUUGUGAGAAAAUGACGGAGAGACACCAGAGCUCGAAUGGAGGAGACUGCAACAGCCGAGCGUACGAGAUUAACAGGGCCAUGUAUUCUCAAACCACGGGCCUGGAUGGACUUGGCGGUGCGUCGUUGCAGUUUGCGCACGGCGUGCUUCAGGAUCCGAGUCUGAUUUUUAACAAGGCACAUUUCAAUGGGAUCAACCCUCCACCUACGCAAAGUUUUUUCCCAUUUUCAGGCGAUUUUAAGUCUAAUGAUUUACAAAGCGGUGAUUUUGUGCAACCCAGACACUGGUACCCUUUUGCGGCACCCGAGUUCACGGGGCAGGUCGCGGGCGCGACCGCAACCGCCCAGCCUGCAAACAUCAGCCCACCAAUCGCUGAAACCAGGGAGCAGAUCAAGAUGCCUUCUGAAGUGAAAACUGAGAAAGAUGUUGAUGAGUACGCCAGCGAGGAAAACAAACCUCAAUCACAAUUUAACCACAUCCCUGGGACAUCAUCUGUGGCCACCGGGAUGUAUUAUUCCACACCGUGGAACCCUAACUUUUGGCCCGGCCUAUCUCACAUCACGGCCCCCGCUAAUAUUUCUCAAGCUCCCCCGACACCAACCGCAUCCUCACCCUCGUUAUCACCCUCCCCACCGGGGAAUGGCUUCGGAAGUCCUGGGUUUUUCAACGGGGGCUCUGCGCAAAACAUGCAGUCUGGUCAGGCGCAAACCGCUCCGAGAAGCAGUGGGUCGUCCAGUGGAGGAUGCAGUGAUUCUGAAGAAGAGGAGAAUCUGACCACGGAGAAUUUGGAGCAGUUUGCUAAAGAGCUGAAGCACAAGCGCAUUACUCUGGGUUUUACGCAGGCAGAUGUUGGGCUCGCUCUGGGAAAUCUGUAUGGAAAAAUGUUCAGCCAGACAACCAUCUGUCGUUUUGAGGCGCUUCAACUUAGUUUCAAGAAUAUGUGCAAACUGAAACCAUUACUACAGAGGUGGUUGAAUGAGGCUGAGAACUCUGAAAAUCCACAGGAUAUGUACAAGAUUGAACGGGUUUUUGUUGACACGCGAAAAAGAAAAAGGAGAACGAGUUUGGAAGGCACCGUCCGUUCUGCUCUCGAGUCGUACUUUGUGAAGUGCCCCAAACCCAACACUCUAGAGAUUACGCACAUAUCUGAUGACCUAGGCCUGGAAAGAGAUGUGGUGCGUGUGUGGUUCUGCAAUCGACGACAAAAGGGAAAACGCCUGGCGUUGCCCUUUGAUGACGACUGCCUUGAUGGUCAGUACUAUGAGCAGAGCCCACCACCUCCCCCUCACAUGGGUGGCACAGCCCUUCCGGUGCAAGGCUAUCCUGGACCAGCCCAUCCUGGAGGAGCCCCUGCCCUAUACAUGCCACCCCUCCAUCGACCGGAGGUUUUUAAAAACGCCCUGCACCCUGGACUGGUGGGUCAUCUCACCAGUUAACCUGACCAGGUGAUGCGCUCCGUUUCCCAAACCAUCCUACUACUUUGUCUGAACACCUGGGUCACAUUUAUUGGUCGGAGUGGGACGAUGACCUUACAGGUGCAAGGCAAAUUUUAAUCGAUGUUUAUAAAAUACCAAAUUACGGAUUUAUUUUUAUGUAAA